GCAGGAAGAGGGGGGAGUCCAGGAAGGAGGUGGGGAGAACUGGCAGAGCUCCCUGCCACCCCCAUUUUCCAGAUGACGCGACUGAGGCCCAACCAGCUUUGUAGGAGGCGGAGUCUCCCCAGGGUCCCUCUCAGGCUGUCCUAGGGGAGGGGGCUCCGGGAGCCACGAGGCCCCUCCCUGCCUCUCUCUCCAGCUCCCGGCAAGCUCGGAGGGGCGGGGAGAGAGAAGCAGAGGAGGAGGAGAACUCGGGCAGCUCUGCAGCGGGGGGCAGGAGCUCCGGUGUUUGGUACCCCCAGCCCCACCGCUGUGGCCGCCGCUGCAGCGGGGACACAGGUGAGGACGGCCCUUGGGGGAGGGCGAGGGGGCCACCAACAGCGCUGUCCUUGUCCCUUCCCUGGUCCGGCCCUCACGCCCUAGCCCAUCCUGGGAUAGUCCCCAGGGCUUCUGCGGGCCCUUGUCUUUCCAGGGCCCCGGCCCCCUCCCCUGCCUGUGCCACCUUCUCCUCUCCCGGGCCUGACUGUGGCUGCUUCCCCUCUUCUGCCGCCGCCGCCGCCGCCGCCGCCGCCGCUUCCACCGCCGGCCCCUCGGGGUGUGGCUUCCCCAGACCAGCCCCUAACGGUGGGACGCAGCUUCGCCUCGGCCUCCCCCAUCCGCCCCCCGCAAGGCCCGCCAGCCCCCCUCCCUGGAGACACACCCAACUCCCUUUAACACCCCACCCGCUCUCCAACCCAUUUUGCUGGGGGGAAGGGGGACCCCUCCUCUUAGUCUUUAUCCAACCUCUGGGUGCUCUGGGGCUGUGCCCAACUUCCAGUUGAGCCCCAGGGGGCUUCCUCAGGCCCCUUUCCUCCCCCCCCCCCGUGGAACUCUUGAGAGGGUGAACCAGACUUUCUCAGCACCACCCCCAUACCCCUCGCUCCCAGACACCUCUCGGUCUCUGAAAAAUAACCUAGCCCCAUAUCUACCCCUUUAGAUGCCCCACUCCCUUCUCCAGCCCCUCUAGGGGGCCCCACCUUGCCUUCCUUCCCCCGAACUCCUGUAGAGUGUAGAUACCCCCCCCCAGGCUAUUCUUGGCAGCUCCAGGCACUCCCAAGACACCUGGCAGCCUCUUUACAACCUCCUGGUUCUAUAGCCACCUCUUCCGUGCACGAACCCCUUUCCUGGAUCCAUGAGGGAGCUCCAAUCCCCUAAUCUUUUCCUCAGAAGUUUUGAGGGUGUGGAUGACCCGCCUCACUUUUCUCGGCCCCUCUAGAACCCCCCUCUAGACACUCUCGGCCUCUUUGAAACACCUCUGCUCCCAUUUCCACCCCUCUGGACGCCCCGGUCCCUUCUCCAAGCCCACUAAGGGGUCCCAGCCCCAUCUUCCCUCAGAACUCUUGAGAGUGUGGACAACUCCCCAGUGUUCCUUGCCCCCCUAGGCACCCCAGACAUCUCGCAGGCACAUGCUGACCCCUCGAGAGCCAUCUCUGUCUCUCUAAACACUCCCUCAGAUCCUUCUCCGCCCCUCCAGGCGCCCCUUUGCUGUUCUUCUCCAUGUGCCCUAGCCCCUCCUCCGUAGGUCCCUCAAGACAACCCCCAAGUCCCCCCCAGACCCUCUAAAUGCCCCCCAAGCCCCUGCCUGUCUCUCUAGUUCCUCCUGGUUCCUCUUGGCCUCUGUAGACACCCCCAGUUUGCUUGUGCGAGUGGCCCAGGGCCUCUCCAAGCCCCCACCAUCCUGGAGACAGCCACACUCUCCUAAAGGCCACCCCCCCAAGUCUCCGUGGGCCUGGGGCGCGGCAGGAUGGCGGCAGGCGUGGCCACGUGGCUGCCUUUCGCGCGGGCGGCCGCGGUGGGCUGGUUGCCCCUGGCCCAGCAGCCCCUGCCCCCCGCGCCGGGGGUGAAGGCGUCCCGAGGGGACGAGGUUCUGGUGGUGAAUGUGAGCGGCCGGCGCUUCGAGACCUGGAAGAACACGCUGGACCGCUACCCAGACACUCUGCUAGGCAGCUCGGAGAAGGAAUUCUUCUAUGACGCGGACUCGGGCGAGUACUUCUUCGAUCGCGACCCGGACAUGUUCCGGCACGUGCUGAACUUCUACCGCACGGGCCGCCUGCACUGCCCGCGGCAGGAGUGCAUCCAGGCCUUCGAUGAAGAGCUGGCUUUCUACGGCCUGGUGCCCGAGCUCGUGGGCGACUGCUGCCUCGAAGAGUACCGGGACCGCAAGAAGGAGAACGCCGAGCGCCUGGCCGAGGACGAGGAGGCCGAGCAGGCCAGCGAUGGCCCAGCCCUGCCGGCCGGCAGCUCCUUGCGGCAGCGGCUCUGGCGGGCCUUCGAGAACCCGCACACGAGCACCGCGGCCCUCGUUUUCUACUACGUGACGGGCUUUUUCAUCGCCGUGUCGGUCAUCGCCAAUGUGGUGGAGACCAUCCCGUGCCGCGGUCCCGCGCGGCGGCCCCCGAGGGAGCAGCCCUGCGGCGACCGCUUCCCCCUGGCCUUUUUCUGCAUGGACACGGCCUGUGUGCUCAUAUUCACGGGCGAGUACCUCCUGCGGCUGUUCGCCGCCCCCAGCCGGUGCCGCUUCCUGCGGAGUGUAAUGAGCCUUAUCGACGUCGUGGCCAUCCUGCCCUACUACAUCGGGCUUUUCGUGCCCAAGAACGAGGAUGUCUCGGGCGCCUUCGUCACCCUACGUGUGUUCCGGGUGUUCCGCAUCUUCAAGUUCUCCAGGCACUCACAGGGCCUGCGGAUUCUGGGCUACACCCUCAAGAGCUGUGCCUCUGAGCUCGGCUUUCUCCUCUUUUCCCUUACCAUGGCCAUCAUCAUCUUCGCCACUGUCAUGUUUUAUGCCGAGAAGGGCACAAACAAGACCAACUUUACUAGCAUCCCUGCGGCCUUCUGGUAUACCAUUGUCACCAUGACCACACUUGGCUAUGGAGACAUGGUGCCCAGCACCAUUGCUGGCAAGAUUUUCGGAUCCAUCUGCUCCCUCAGCGGUGUCCUGGUCAUUGCACUGCCUGUGCCAGUCAUCGUGUCCAACUUUAGCCGCAUCUACCACCAGAACCAGCGUGCUGACAAGCGCCGAGCACAGCAGAAGGUGCGCUUGGCAAGGAUCCGGUUGGCGAAGAGUGGUACCACCAAUGCCUUCCUGCAGUACAAGCAGAAUGGGGGCCUUGAGGACAGCGGCAGUGGGGAGGAACAGGCGCUGUGUGUCCGGAACCGGUCUGCUUUCGAGCAACAACAUCACCACCUCCUGCACUGUCUAGAGAAGACAACGUGCCAUGAGUUCACGGAUGAGCUGACCUUCAGUGAGGCUCUGGGCGCCGUCUCACUGGGGGGCCGCACCAGCCGCAGCACCUCCGUGUCCUCCCAGGCAGUGGGGCCCGGCGGCCUGCUGUCCUCCUGCUGCCCCCGCAGGGCCAAGCGCCGUGCCAUUCGCCUCGCCAACUCCACGGCCUCAGUCAGUCGCGGCAGCAUGCAGGAGCUGGACACACUGGCAGGGCUGCGCAGGAGCCCUGCCCCUCAGAGCCGCUCAAGCCUCAAUGCCAAGCCCCAUGACAGCCUCGACCUGAACUGCGACAGCCGGGACUUUGUGGCUGCCAUCAUCAGUAUCCCUACCCCUCCUGCCAACACGCCGGACGAGAGCCAACCUUCCUCCCCUGGUGGUGGUGGUGGGGCCAGCAGCACCCUCAGGAACUCCAGCCUGGGCACCCCUUGCCUCCUCCCGGAGACUGUCAAGAUCUCUUCCCUGUGAGCGGUGGGUCCGCCCGUCCAGAGGGCCCUCUCGAUUUUUGGGGACUCCUUUCCAAAGCCAUAUUUUGGGGAGGCUGGGAGGGGCAGGCCUGGGGACCCCUUCUGCCCCCCACUGAGAACUAUGCAAUGGAGUUUGAUGGAACGUCUCACCUGGUGGGGAAGCAGCCAGGGAAGGGGAAACUUUCCCCACCCCCGAUGGUUUUUCCAGGGGGCGCUGAAGUGCUGGGCCUCCUCAGGCCCCCCCGCCCCCCCCCCCCCCCGGCCUCCUUGCCCCAGCAUGCUGGGGCUGGCCUCUCUCCCCUAGCUGGCCUCCUGCAUGCUCCUCCUCUUGGGCCCCCGGGGGCCCCACCUGACAUCUGAGCUCUGGCCUGAGAAGGAGAGAUGAGAUUCCCUCUUCUCUGUGGCUGGGCUGUGGAGGUUUGGGGCUUCAGAGAAGAGAACCUUCGCCUCUGAUCUGGCCUCUAGGAGAUGUCCCUGCCCUCCACCGAGCCCCACAAAUCCCCAGUUCUGAAGCUUGGAAUGCAACCACAGGCUUCAUGGGCUGUGGCCUCAGCAGUGACUUGCCAGCCCCCAGCCUUGGCUCAGGGGUCAGGCUGCCUCUCCCAAUCCACACAGAUAGCACAAACACCACUCCCCUUUCCUGGCUGCUGGAAACGGGUGCCUGCAACCCCGUCCUCCGCUGGGCCCCCAGCAAACUCUAGCAAUAGCAGCUGCUGCCAUGACAAUUAUGCAAAGCCUCUCUGCCCAGUCUGCUGCAGCAUUUACAUCUGCCCUAAUCAGAGGGGCCGCCUCCACCCACUCCUCCUCUCUUCUCCUCUGGUUUGCUUCCUUCCUGGGUUCAGCUGGAGUCUGGACUGGCUGAGAUAAGAGCCUAGCAGCCAGCGAGAGCUGGGCUGUGUUUGGAGAUCAUAGCUGAUUCCAAGUUCUUGGGCAGGAGUCCAGAAGCAUCAGGGGCUGAGGCCUGGGUUGUUCCUGAACUCUGGGAGUUGUUGGGGGCAGGAGGAACUUCUUGAUCUCCUCUUCCUCCCUCCCCCAACCCCACAAAGCCUUUUCACAUAUUCCUCUCUCUUUUCCCUCUUGGGUCACCUUCCAGAACUCUGUGUCUGCUCUCAGGCUGAAAUCUGGCAUCAUCUCAGGUUCCCUGUCCCCAGCACUGUCCCCGUGGAGCGGGUGGCUGACAAAGAUGUAGUUUCCAUCAGUCAAUAAAACCUGAGAGGAGAGAUGGGGAUGAGCACCUCCUGGCUCUGUGGGUUCGGAGGCUGGGUUGGGCUGGUGGGGGGGGAGUUGAAAGUACUCUGGUUUCAAUUCCUUUCAACCAGGAGAAGGGCAGGUGUGGGUACAGGUAUUGGGAGGUCAAUGGUUGGUGACAUGUUCUGGAAGAUGGGGAUCUAGGAGGAAUUAAAGAGGGUGGUUUGAAGAGCUGAGACCCACAGCAGCACACGCUUGGUUAGAGGAGACUUAAACCCCGGGCUUCCUGGCAGCAAAUGACUCUGAACUGAACCCUAAUUACAAGCAUCUCUCAGGGGCGCCUGGCUGGCUCAGUCAGUAGAACAUGCGGCUCUUGAUCUCGGGGUCGUGAGUUCAAGCCCCAUAUUGGAUUGGGCCUAGAGCUAGCUUUUAAAAAAAGAAAGAAAGAACUCAAGAUUUACAAAGAAGAAGAAAGAAAGCAUCUCUCAAAUUUGGUAAAUUCCCCCUCCUUGUGGACAUCCCCUGCA